UUCCGAGAAAGAAGGCAAACGGAAGAACGCUUUCUUGCCCUCCGUAUUUCUCGUCGCUUCGAUCCCAUCUAGGGUUUCGAUCGCCUCGAUCUGUCGCCGGUUUGGGGAACCCCGAAGGCCUCACGCAUGAGCUGGUUUGAUAAACUCCGCGGCGUCUCCGAUCAGAGCCAGGACGGGCUCAUGAUCUUUGUUCUCCACCAUUCGAUUCCUAUACGUUCGUGUAAUCUUUCCUCGAGUCUCUUACAAUCCUAAGCGGAGAGCAGAGAUCGGUCGGUCUUUUUGCCGGGGAUGGCGUCGAAGGGCUUCUCCGGACGGAAAAAUUUCGGUCUUCUAAUCUCUCACAUUGAGAGACAACAACCGUCUCCACCUUCAGUAAUUGUGAUUGGUGGAGGAAUUUCAGGGAUCGCAGCUGCCCAUGCAUUGUCUAAUGCUUCGUUUAAGGUCAUUCUGUUGGAAUCACGUAACCGGCUUGGUGGCCGGGUGCACACUGACUUUUCUUUUGGUUGUCCUGUUGACAUGGGAGCAUCAUGGUUACAUGGUGUGUGCAAUGAAAAUUCUCUGGCCCCAUUAAUUCGGGGCCUAGGCCUAAGGUUAUAUCGCACUAGUGGUGACAACUCUGUCUUGUAUGACCAUGACUUGGAGAGCUAUGCACUUUUUGACAAGGAUGGGAACCAGGUCCCACAGCAGGUAGUAAUGAGAGUCGGAGAAACAUUUGAGAGGAUCCUCAAAGAGACAGAGAGAGUAAGGGAUGAAAACACUGCUGACAUGUCUCUUCUCCAAGCUAUUUCUAUUGUUCUGGACAGAAAUCCACAAUUAAGGCAGGAGGGGCUUGCAUAUGAAGUAUUGCAAUGGUAUAUAUGUAGACUGGAGGCAUGGUUUGCAGCAGAUGCCGACACUAUAUCAUUGAAAAAUUGGGAUCAGGAACAUGUUCUUUCUGGUGGUCAUGGUCUUAUGGUGCAAGGUUACUAUCCUGUUAUACAAGCUCUUUCAAAGGGUCUUGAUGUUCGCCUGAAUCAUAGGGUAGCAAAGAUUGCCCAGCGAAGCAAUAGAGUAAUAAUCACAAUGGAGGAUGGAAAUACAUUCGUAGCUGAUGCUGCUAUUAUCACUGUUCCUAUUGGAGUUCUCAAAGCUAAUCUUAUAGAGUUUGAGCCUAGGCUUCCAGCAUGGAAACUCUCUGCAAUCUCUGAUAUUGGUGUGGGCAUAGAGAAUAAGAUCGCUCUUCGCUUUAACACAGUCUUCUGGCCGAAUGUAGAAGUGUUAGGUUUAGUGGCUCAGACUUCUUAUGCUUGUGGCUAUUUUCUCAAUCUUCACAAAGCUACAGGACAUCCCGUGCUUGUGUACAUGGCUGCUGGAAGAUUUGCCUAUGACAUCGAGAAACUUUCUGAUGAAGAAGCUAUCAACUUUGUGAUGUUACAGCUGAAGAAAAUGAUACCGGAAGCAACCAAUCCGAUACAGCAUCUGGUUUCACGUUGGGGAACUGAUCCAGAUUCUCUUGGGUCCUACUCUUGUGAUCUAGUUGGUAAGCCAGCUGACUUGUACGAGAGACUUUGUGCUCCUGUUGACAACUUAUAUUUUGCCGGUGAAGCGGCAAGCGCUGAUCAUUCUGGGUCUGUUCAUGGUGCUUACACCUCCGGAAUAACUGCUGCUGAAGUCUGCCGCAGGUGUCUGUCAGUACAGCAUGGUAUAUCAGAUCUUUUCCAUCUUGUCAUGACGGAGGAAUUUGCGGAGGUUAUGGUUCCCCUUCAGAUCUCUAGGAUGUAAUAAUGUGUUUAUAAGAUCUUGAAGCAUGCUUAAACGUAGAUUCUUUUGUGUUUGUUGAUGUUCACUUGUCUGAAACUAUGAACGAACGUAUGGCCUGAUUUCAAUGUUUGAUGAAAUGUAUUAUCAUUUCUUGUUA